AUGAUAGCAUAACCUAGAUAUUCUUAGAAAAUGGCUGAUACAUUCUCAAAUAGCAAAGACUUUUAUUCUUUUCACUAAAAAUAACUGAUUGGAACAAAAGUACAUCCUCAACUUUUAGAACAUUUAUCAAUCUCUUAGCGAACUAAAAUGGCAACUAUGAAGGACAGGACAAGUUCAGAUAUAUUUACAAGCUUCAUUAAUAGAGGGAUGUUGCAUAGUGAAUAGAAAGAGUUAAAUCUUUAAACUUAUGACAAUUCUUCAACGAUGAUGAUUAAGUAGAAUGAUGAUGAAAGAAUUAGUAAAGAAGAGUAAAUAACACCAUAGAUUCUACAAACUUAAGGGGAAUAAGAGAAAUGUAAGAAAUCAUAUUAUAUAUCAAUAGCAAAGAAGUUAUUACCUCCUCUUAAGUUAAUUACUAAUAAACUGAAACAAAAGGAGAGACAAAACCAAUCAAAAGAACGUGCUGAAACAUUUAAAAGUUCCCUUAUUGAAACGUAUAAAUUAUAUUAAAUGUAGACCUACAAUGUAAAAAACUUUAGCAAGAAAACAUAGAGCAUUUGGAUAAGGUGAAUAGAAAUCAACGAUAGAAAAUGAAACUAGUGUACAUAAGAUGGGAAGAACUUCUUCAACUCCUUUCAUGUAAAAGUCAAAAGAAGAUAAAGAGGAUCAUCUAACAAGCAGAUCUGGAACACCUUAAAAAGAGUUAUUUCAUGCAAGUCCACUUAGACAUAGAUAAAAGUUAUAAAAUAAAUAAGCUAUAAUUCAAACUCCAUAAUCUAAAGGAGUAAAAGAAAAGAAGUUAUAGAAUGCAUUUUAUUCAUCAUCAUCAUAAUAAUAAUAAAUCAAAGUCAUUGACAUUUAAAAUGAUAAAAAAAUAAUACCUAAGAAAAAAAAGAAAUAGAAUCAAGGAUAAGUUAUUUAAUAAUAGAAUUAAUAAAAAGAAAAAUUAACAUAACGUCAUACUUCAUAUAGAUGCUUUAUCAAUAAAAUCAAUUUUUCUAAUAAUUAAUGUAUUUGUUGUCCUAGUAAAUUGGAAGUUCCAUCUUACUUUUAUUAUGUAGGUAAAGGAAAUAAUGGUAGUCUAAUUAAAAACAUAUUCCGUUAAAGAUGGUGGUGGUAAGAAGUAGAGACUUUAGAUAUAAUUAAAGUAAAUAUGUCAUGGACAUAAUUAAAAUAAAAUGUUUGCAUAGCUUAAUUACAUCCUUGCAUUAUUGAUUCAGGACCAUAGAGUUCUGAAUCAUUUCUUUUGAGUCAUGAAGAAACUAUUGGAGACACUAGUGAUUCUGAUAUGGAAGCAAGACCAAAAUAAUUAAAUAGUACUGCAGGUUUAUAAAAGUCUACUCCUUAAUAAUAAUAAAAGAGACCAUAAAAUUAUUAUUCUUUAAGAAGAAUCUUUAAUUAAUUAGAUCUCUAAAAAAUCUUAAAUUAUAUGGAUGAAACAGGAUGUUAAGACACUUAAUUAAUAUUUAGUGAUUGCACUGAAAAAUUGCUCAAAGAUAUCAAAUCUCUCUGUACUAAUUAAAGGUAGGAUAGCAAAAACUUUAGAAUGCAUAAUCAUAUGGAAGAUAAUUGGCAUUUGGGUAAUAAAAAGGCUUUGUUCUAUAAUAUGAAACAUUAUUAUUAAAUUAUAAGAGAAGAUUAUAAUAAAUUACUUCCUGUCACUUUUCAUGUAUAAAAAGGAGUUAAUGAUAUAGAAUAUUAGAAAUUUUUAGAAUAUUUUAAUAGGAGAACAGAAGAAAUUAAAGAAAUUGAAAGAACUAGAGACAGAAAGGAUAAAAGAAAACUUCCAAUUAAUUUAUGGAUUAUCAAACCAGGUGAAUUAACAAAUAGAGGUAAUGGAAUCACUGUAUGUAAUGAUCUUAAUGAAAUCAAUAAAAUAAUUAAUGAAGAAAUUCAAGAAGGUAGACCUAGAACAUAUAUUGUAUAAUAAUAUAUAGACAAUCCUCUAUUAUAUAAUAAAAGAAAAUUUGAUAUAAGAUGUUAUAUGCUAUUGACUUCUUAAAAUGGUAUAUUUAAAGGAUAUUGGUAUUAAGAGGGUUAUAUAAGAACAUCAUCAAAAGAAUUCACUACAAAAUGUUUGGAUAGAUUUGUUCAUUUGACUAAUGAUGCUGUAUAAUCUAAAGAUUAAGAUUAUGGAAAACAUGAACCUGGAAAUAAGAUAUCUUAUCUUGAAUUUUAAAGAUAUGUUGAAGCAAAUCAUCCUAAUUCAAAAUUUAAUUUCUUUAUAGAUAUAUAUCCAAAAAUGAAGUCUGCUGCACUUGAAAUGAUGAAAGCUACUUAUGGAAAAAUUGAUCCACAUCGUAGAAUUAAUAGUUUUGAAGUAAUAAUUAUAAUUUAUAUAAGCUUUAUGGAUUAGAUUUUAUGAUUGAUGACAAUUUUAAAUUAUGGUUAAUUGAAGCAAAUACUAAUCCAUGUUUAGAACUCUCAUGUCCACUACUAAGCAGAAUUAUACCAACUAUGGUUGAAAAUCUUUUUAGGAUUGCAGUUGAUCCAAUUUUCCCUCCUCCUUUCUUUGAAGAAUGGCCUUAAAAUAAAAAAUUAUUUAUACCAGAUAAUGUUGUUGAAAAUAAUAAAUUCGAAUUAAUUUUUGAUGAAUUGAUUGAAAAAAAGAAUAUGAUCAAUCUAUUUCGAGAUAAUAAAAUAGAAUAAGAAUGUUUUGAUAUUGAAGAAGAGGAAGAAGAAGAAGAAGAAAAAGAUUGA